GCGACAGCUACCGCUUCAGAGGAAGCGUCUGCGGAGGAGGAAGAAGAGCAGGGCAAGGCGGGAGUCACAGGCGGGACCCUCGCCAUGGGUCCGCGGACCUAGAGCGGCGGAAGCUACCGGCCUGGUGCCGAGCUGGCCGCUGCUCCUUCCCGUGGCUUCCAUGGCUGAGGACUGGCUGGAGUGCCCAGCCUUGGGCCCUGGCUGGAAACGCCGUGAGGUCUUUCGAAAGUCAGGUGCCACCUGUGGACGCUCAGACACCUAUUACCAGAGCCCCACAGGAGACAGGAUCCGAAGCAAAGUUGAGCUGACCCGAUACCUGGGCCCUGCGUGCGACCUCACCCUCUUCGACUUCAAACAAGGCAUUCUGUGUUAUCCAGCCCCCAAGCCCCAGUCCUUACCUGUCCCUAGCAGGAAGCGGAAGAAACCUUCACGGCCAGCCAAGACUCGGAAACGUCAGGUUGGACCCCAGAAGGGUGAGGUCAGGAAGGAGGCCCCAGGGGAUGAGACCAAGGCUGAUGCUGACACAGCCCCAGCUUCACUGCCUGCUCCUGGGUGCUGUGAGAACUGUGGAAUCAGCUUCUCAGGGGAUGGUACCCGAAGACAGCGGCUCAAGACAUUAUGCAAGGACUGCAGAGCACAGAGAAUUGCUUUCAACCGGGAGCAAAGGAUGUUUAAGCGUGUGGGCUGCGGGGAGUGCGCAGCCUGCCGGGUAACCGAGGACUGCGGGGCCUGCUCCACAUGCCUUCUGCAGUUGCCCCAUGAUGUGGCCUCGGGGCUGUUCUGCAAGUGUGAGCGGAGACGGUGCCUCCGGAUUGUGGAAAGGAGCCGAGGGUGUGGAGUGUGCAGGGGCUGUCAGACCCGAGAGGACUGUGGCCGUUGUCGAGUUUGCCUUCGCCCUCCCCGCCCUGGUCUCAGGCGCCAAUGGAGGUGUGUCCAGCGGCGCUGCUUACGGGGUAAACGUAGCCGCCGCAGAGGAGGCUGUGACUCCAAGAUGGCUGCCCGGCGGCGCCCCCCCCGAACCCAGCCACUGCCUCCAGUUCCCCCAUCACAGCCUCCAGCGUCUCCAGAGCUGCACCCCAGAGCCCUGGCCCCCUCGCCACCUGCCGAAUUCAUCUAUUACUGUGUAGACGAGGACGAGCUACAGCCUUACACGAACCGUCGGCAGAACCGUAAGUGUGGGGCCUGUGCAGCUUGCCUGCGCCGGAUGGACUGUGGUCGCUGUGACUUCUGCUGUGACAAGCCGAAAUUUGGGGGCAGCAAUCAGAAGCGCCAGAAGUGUCGUUGGCGCCAGUGCCUGCAGUUUGCCAUGAAGCGGCUGCUGCCUAGUGUCUGGGCAGGAUCUGAGGAUGGAGCAGGGCCGCCCCCACCGUACUCUCGUCGAAAGAGACCUGGCUCUACUCGACGGCCCCGUCUGGGCCAGAUACUGAAGACCUUGACCACACCCACAGUUAGAUCAGGCCGUGCCCAAACUCCAAUGAAACAGGAAACGGGCAGUGGCUUUGUGCUACCCCCACCUGGCACUGACCUUGUGUUCUUACGGGAAGGUGCAAGCAGUCCUGUGCAGGUGCCUGGCCCUGCUACAGCUUCCACAGAAGCCCUGUUGCAGGAGGCCCAGUGCCCAGGCCUGAGUUGGGUUGUGGCCUUACCCCAGGUGAAGCAAGAGAAGGUGGAUGCCCAGGAAGACUGGACACCGGGCACAGCCAUCCUGACUUCUCCUGUAUUGCUGUCUGGCUGCCCCAGCAAGGCAGUAGAUGCAGGCCUGCCACCUGUGAAGCAAGAGCCAUUGGACCCUGAGGAGGACAAGGAGGAAGAGAGCAAGGAUGACUCCGCCUCCGACUUGGCCCCAGAGGAGGAGGCAGGAGGGGCUGGCACACCCGUGAUCACGGAGAUUUUCAGCCUGGGUGGAACCCGCCUCCGGGACACAGCGGUCUGGUUGCCAAGUCUGCAGGGCAGGCAAUCGGGAAGGGAAGAUGGAUGUAAAGUGUGGGAGACGGAGGACACUUUGGCGUGCACGAGCAAGAGCUGGAACCGGCGAGGAUGGCCUAGAACCCAUGUCAGUGUCUCACCAUCUCCAACUGCGAUAAUGUGGGUGUCCUGCAGAAGAAGCUGGUGCCCUUCAUCACAGAGUUAAAUACUCAUCUGGCCCAGGAAUUAGAGAAGCAGAAGGAAGAUCCCAGGGAAAGUGGAGCAGCUGCAGGCCUGACUGCAGGCCUCACUGCUGCCCCACACCAACGAGGUGAGCCAGCAGAUAAGUGACAACAUGUGUGAACUGCAACAGUGCCUGGUGCGCCUGCACCAACCUUCCGAGUGUAAAAACAGUAUGCUGCUGCUUCACUUCUGUCCUCCAGUUACCAUGCAAACUGUCUCUUGUGGCCCAUCCUAACCGGAAGCAUACAGGGAAGGGAGUUCUGGGAAACGUAGCCUAGUCAAGGUGACACAUUACAAAGCCACCCUGCCAUGAAUCAGCUCCCAAGGGUCUCACUGCUCACCUGAGGAUAACUUGUUAAAGCUACGAUGCUGGAAAUGCAAAGCUGAAGACCAUGGAUUUCAUGGUGACCCCAGCAAGUACAGAAAUACUGUCAAGCCCACCCAGAAAAAAACUGGCUGGUUCGGCUAUUUUUGUGUCAUUCAUUCAAGUAAUGAGAACCUGGCCCAUGGUAGGCACUGUACUUGAUACUGGGAUACAGGAAUGAAAAAGAUACAGUCCAUGCAAUUUUAUUAAAUAACAUAAGUAUGUAUUACAAAUGGUGAAUGGAUAUCCAACUUUAUCAUGGAAUUUAAUGGUGAAAAUAUAGAAUUCAGGAAACUGUCGGGAGGAAAGCUCUUGCGUGAACCUUGGGGCACAAUAGGAAUUGGAAAUAAUAUAAAUAGUUUCUAUCUCUGAGCUAUUUUAAAAUUAUUUUAAAAUGAUUUUGAUUGUCCCGUUUACUGUUUCAUAUAUUUAGUGUUUCUUUGGGGAGUGUCUUGAUGGUGUAACAGUGUUGACUCUGAGAAAGUGGGAUGGUGGGUGGCAAGAUCAAGGUCAGGUUCUGUCGAAGGACCUUGGGCCAACCACUUCUCUAGGCCUUGGGGCUUGGCUGAAGGUGGAGGCUCGCCGCUGGUCCCGGUCCCGCCCCUCCAUCGUUUUAAUAGGCCCCCGCCAGGGGGCGCCGGGGCCUCGGUCAUCCCACCACUGCUCUGGGAAGACGCAGCCCCUCACCCCUGGCCAGGGCGGCCCGGGGGCGUGGCCUCCACCCCGGCCGAGACGGCAAUCCUUGGCCAGGCUGGGAAGAAAGCCGAUUCUUCACUAGUGGUAGAAACGGGCAAAACCGACCGGAGUUAAGUUAACGGGAUGCGCCCAGGGGAGGGUGCAGCAGGACGAGCUCUCGACCGACGCUGGGACGUUUGAGGACUGCGAAGUGUCACCAGGGGUCGGCUUCCCCGUCGCAGAACUCAUUUCAACAGGAUCCUACGGGCUCUACAACCUCUGGGGUGCCCGACGCUCUCUCUUAUUAUCUCUACUGCCUUUCCCAAACCCAGCGCCUGAUUGAGGUCCUUUUCAUUGCCUCCCUUCUUUCCCAAGGGUGUGGUGUGAGGGGUGGUUCCACCCAGACCAACUGGUGGGCCACUCGCCUGUGGGACACGAAGAUCAAGGAACUGACCCUCAGGACUCUGCCCAGGGAACCGAGACGACCUCUAAUUUCUUUCUUUUUUGUUUGUUUCAGGCUACGUAAACUCUUAGCAGUAAAUGAAAAUGAGUAUUUUACCGAACUGCAAUUGAAAGAAGAAGCA